AAUUCGGGCUUUCCCGGAUCCAUAAUCCAAUCCAUAAACCCUCUCCAGGUACUGGUACGCGUAGCUGGGAGAAGCAGGUAGGGCUAGAAGGGUUUUAGCUUUCAAUACCGAUCCACGAAUACCAGAGCGAGAGUUGCUGCCAGUAAUCGCUCAACUCCCGCCCAUUUUCUCCUUUAUUUUGCUGAAAAAUGCAAUCUUUACGUGGGUGUAUCCGAUUGGUCCGGAGGCAAGGACUUGGCAGCUUAAACGACGUUGAUUUCAAAUCAAAUGGUUCUCGCUUUGCUGCUGCCAAAUUUCAUGGGAGCUUAGUCGGGUCUUCCUUCAAGUUCGCUUGUCGGCCAGCUCUCGCAUAUCAGACAAGAAUUGGCUCCCAAGCUGAGACAUCAACACCAUCUAGUAAUGGUAUGCCGUUGGUAUCAACAUCAUGCAUAAGUUCUCAGCUGGAUUUGUAUCAAUCAGGAGGUUGGAUACCUUCUUUCGGUAGCCGGUGCAUUUCAACAGUUGAAAAUAAUGUGGAAUCGGCUUCACAAGAUUCUGCGUCUGUCUCCGACGUAGCUCCCCGCAUCAAAUUUAAAAGGCUCGACAAGACUGCCAAGCACAUAAUGCAGAUUCUAGAUAAGGAAGCUGUAGAAGAAUUGAGGUCAAAGAAAGAAAUGCCUGAUAUAAAACCUGGCUACAUCGUCCAGCUCAAAGUGGAAGUGCCUGAGAACAAGCGACGUGUUUCAAUUCUGAAAGGCAUUGUUAUAGCAAGACGUAAUGCUGGUUUAAAUACUACAUUUAGAAUAAGGAGGCUAGUAGCUGGAGUUGGCGUUGAAUCUCUCUUCCCUCUGUAUUCACCUAACAUAAAGGAGAUAAAAGUGCUGGACAAGAAGAAGGUGAAAAGGGCCAAGCUUUACUAUCUCAGAGACAAAAUGAACGCACUUAAGAAGCAAUAGCAGCUUCAUACUUAGGUGGAGAUCAAAGUUUGAGAUUUUGCCUAAUGCUUCGUGGAAGGAAGGCGGCCAAUUUUUUUUUUUUUUUCCCUGAAUAAAGGCGGUUCAUAGUUGUUUCUGUACCCAGACUCCUACUUUCUUUAUGUUUUCAACUUGAUUUUUGGUACCCUUUCAUCGAGCAGAAAGAUACUUGCUUAUAUCCAGAAAAAUUGUCACCAAUGUGUUUGAAUUCAGUUUUUAUCUUCUUUUGA